AUGAGUGGAAGAGGCAAAGGUGGAAAAGGUCUCGGAAAGGGAGGCGCCAAGCGUCACCGCAAGGUGCUCCGCGACAACAUCCAGGGCAUCACCAAGCCCGCCAUCCGCCGUCUGGCUCGCCGCGGCGGUGUCAAGCGUAUUUCUGGUCUGAUCUACGAAGAGACUCGCGGUGUGUUGAAGGUGUUCCUGGAGAACGUGAUCCGCGACGCCGUCACCUACACCGAACACGCCAAGAGAAAGACCGUGACCGCCAUGGACGUGGUGUACGCCCUGAAAAGGCAGGGACGCACCCUCCGUCGUCGCGCUUUUACUUCACUGUUCUCCCGUUCAGAAAAACUACAAGAAAAAAUGGCCAGAACCAAGCAGACCGCCCGUAAAUCCACCGGAGGCAAAGCGCCCAGGAAGCAGCUGGCCACCAAGGCCGCCCGUAAGAGCGCCCCGGCCACCGGCGGCGUCAAGAAGCCUCACCGCUACAGGCCCGGUACCGUGGCUCUCCGAGAGAUCCGUCGCUACCAGAAGUCCACCGAGCUGCUGAUCCGCAAACUGCCCUUCCAGCGCCUGGUCAGGGAGAUCGCCCAGGACUUCAAGACCGACCUGCGCUUCCAGAGCUCGGCCGUCAUGGCUCUGCAGGAGGCCAGCGAGGCUUAUCUGGUCGGUCUGUUCGAGGACACCAACCUGUGCGCCAUCCACGCCAAGAGGGUCACCAUCAUGCCCAAAGACAUCCAGCUGGCCCGGCGCAUCCGCGGGGAGAGGGCUUAG